GCAGCGGCGGCAGAGGCGGCGGCAGCUGCGCGCCUCCGGCCCAACCCCGCUCCGCUCCCCCUCUCGCCGGCGCCCUGCCUGUCUUGCGUGUGCGUGUGCGUGUGCUCAGCCUCAGCGUGAGGGGCACCUGCUCGUCUGGGCUCACAGCGAAGGCAGCCUCGCCGCUGCCACUGCUGCCGCCACUGGUGCUGCCGCUCGCAGGCGCCGGACUCCGCCGCCACCGCCGCUGCCGCCGCCGCCGCCGCCGCCGCCUCCUCGACAGCCAGUGUUGGGCUCCGUGGGCUUCCCCCCUCGCAGCCUCGGUCCUUCCCCGCUGCCUGCAAGUCAGCCUGGCUCCGAGUCACGUGUCAGUGCCUGAGGCAGAGACUGCGAGAAAAAAACGCUCUUCAUUCCUUCUUCCACCGCCAUACUGUAUUUUAUACUAAAUCUCAUUUUUAUUCCAACAUUUUACUCCCGCUCGUGGAAGGUUUUUAUGGAAAAAAAAAAAAAAAUGAAGUGCGGUUUGGUUUCCUUGUCAACGGAGGAUGAAGUGAACAGCUGAGCAGCUCGCAGAGAGCAGGAUUAAAACAAGGAGAGCCAAUCAUGACUGGCAAAACACAGACCAGCAAUGUCACCAAUAAGAAUGACCCCAAGUCCAUCAACUCCCGUGUUUUCAUUGGCAAUCUAAAUACGGCAAUUGUCAAGAAAGUUGACAUUGAAGCCAUUUUUUCAAAGUAUGGAAAAAUAGUUGGAUGCUCUGUUCACAAAGGGUAUGCAUUUGUGCAGUACAUGAGUGAGCGACAUGCAAGAGCUGCAGUGGCUGGAGAAAAUGCCAGAGUCAUCGCAGGCCAACCACUUGAUAUUAACAUGGCAGGAGAGCCCAAACCAUACAGACCAAAACCCGGAAACAAGAGGCCCCUUUCUGCACUUUAUAGACUUGAAUCAAAGGAACCUUUCCUGUCUGUUGGUGGUUAUGUCUUUGACUAUGAUUACUACAGAGAUGAUUUCUACAAUCGGUUAUUUGAUUACCACGGGCGUGUGCCUCCACCUCCCCGUGCAGUAAUUCCACUGAAGCGCCCCAGAGUGGCAGUCACAACAACUCGCAGAGGGAAAGGAGUCUUUUCCAUGAAAGGUGGAUCGAGAUCUGCUGCCGGUGGGUCAACAGGCUCUAAAUUGAAAUCAGAUGAGCUACAGACCAUCAAGAAAGAAUUAACCCAGAUCAAAACUAAAAUUGACUCCUUGCUAGGACGCCUGGAGAAGAUUGAGAAACAGCAGAAGGCGGAGGCAGAAGCUCAGAAGAAGCAAUUGGAAGAGAGUCUAGUGCUGAUCCAAGAGGAAUGUGUGUCAGAGAAUGCAGAUCACUCUACAGAGGAGCCUGCUGAAGGAGGGCCAGAUGCCGAUGGAGAAGAGAUGACAGAUGGGAUAGAGGAGGACUUCGAUGAAGAUGGGGGUCAUGAGCUGUUUCUACAGAUAAAGUGAUCUGAAAUAAUGUAUGAUGCCACAAAGCAGAAAAGAGAAACUGUGACAACCACCAGAAAUGUGAAAGGAGGUUUCUUACUAGACAGCAGCAUCUUUGGUUCAAUUUAUAUAAAAACCCAAAUCAAUAUAAUGGACAGUACUGCUCAAUUUUAGAAAUUCCAUUUCUUCUAUGUUCUAAGCUGUACAAUUGUCAGGUUUUUAUGGUUUGAAUUGUAAAUGUGUUUUCCCCUUUGCUAAUUAUGCUUUUUUUUUUAGUCUUAAAAUGUGGAAGACAUUUAUGAAUGGUAAGGGAGACACUAUAUACAAAUGUAUAUUUGUAAAAGCUAUUUUUAUGAUUAGCAUGUUUCACUGUUGAUCAUAUAUAAAGUUGGGUGAUAUUGCAAUUCUGUAUUUAAAGCUUAUUUCCAACAAUGUCAUGUAAGAAAGAUGCAUCUUAUGCUAGUUUUUAUAAUUUAUUUUUAAUUUAUAGUUUAAAGUACUUCAGAUCAUAAUGAUAAAAUACUUGAGAAAGUUAUAUUUCUGCCCUGUAUAAGCACCCUUUUUAUUAAUAAAGAAUGCAGAUAUUUCAGAUGUGAUACAAUAGUUAAAGAACUGUUGGUUUGAUCUGUGAUUAAGUUGAGCAUGCUCCGCUCUACUGAACUAAAAUGAUCCAAUUAUUACUUCAGCCUGGGUAUGAGAUUCCAUGGACAGGUUUCAGUGUUCAUACAAGUAAGGACUAUGCCAAGGAAAAAACUGUCUUGCCCUUGGAUCCAAGUUUAAAUUAGUGUAUACAUCAUUUCAUUUCACCUCCUGUUCCUAGGAACUCUCCAUUCCCAAGCAUUGCAAGUGUUUUCCAGAUAAUCUUAGCUGUUGUCUUGUGCUGUGGAAAUGGAAGAAACCAUCUUCACAGACUGUAGGAGAAUUCAACAUAUAAUUUCUUAAUAAACACUGUUUCUUUUAAAACAAA